AGACAUAUAUACAAUCGACAAAGAUAAAUUCUCACUCUUUUUAACUUCUCUACACCACUUUCGAUCUUCUUUUCCCCGGUCAUCGCCAGCCCUUUCCAAAUUCUCGCUCCUCCCUCCCUCCCUCCCUCCCGUCGUUUUAUUCCAAUUCCUCGGUCGUUUCGUCACUUUCCUUCGCACCCGUCUGAUCGCCUGAGAUCAAGUCUCAUCUCAGAUCAACAACGACGAUUUGCGUUUGAUUUCUCCGUGAAUUUCAACCGCCGCGAUGGUUGCACCGUCGACUGCGCCGUCGGGUUCCGUAACAGUCGCUGGGGUGUCGUGUCUCUAAGGGUUUAAUUUGGUAAUUUUCUCGGAAUUUUGGAUUAUUUCAUGGGCGACAUUAGCGUUUGGUCACCUGAACCAAACGCCGCCGUUUUGGAGGAGAUGCUGUCAUCAUCGUCUUCAUCACAGUCGUCGUUCUUCUCUUCGAAUCAAACGGAAAUUGGUGCCGAGUACUGGCAAAGAGCUGAAGACGCGACGCAGGGGGUCAUAGCCCAGGUUCAGCCCACUGUCCUCUCUGAAAACAGGAGGAAAGCGGUUAUUGAUUACGUGCAGAGGCUCAUUAGAAGUUGUCUUGGCUGUGAGGUAUUUUCCUUUGGGUCUGUGCCACUAAAGACCUAUCUGCCUGAUGGAGAUAUUGAUUUGACUGCCUUUGGUGGUAUAAAUGUUGAGGAGGCUUUGGCCAAUGAUGUUUUUUCUGUCCUGGAACGAGAAGAUCAGAACAGGGCUGCAGAGUUUGUAAUAAAGGAUGUCCAGUUAAUUCGCGCUGAGGUUAAGCUUGUAAAAUGUCUUGUACAAAACAUCGUGGUCGAUAUUUCCUUCAAUCAGUUAGGAGGGCUCUGUACACUAUGUUUUCUUGAGCAGGUUGAUCGUCUGAUUGGCAAAGAUCAUCUAUUUAAACGCAGUAUUAUCCUAAUUAAAGCUUGGUGCUACUAUGAGAGCCGCAUUCUUGGCGCUCAUCAUGGCUUGAUUUCCACAUAUGCUUUGGAGACAUUGGUUCUAUAUAUUUUCCAUCUUUUCCAUACAUCCUUAAAUGGUCCUCUAGCGGUUUUAUAUAAAUUUUUGGACUACUUUAGCAAAUUUGACUGGGACAACUACUGCAUCAGCUUGAAUGGUCCAGUUCGCAUAUCAUCAUUGCCAGAACUCCUGGCUGAGACACCUGAAAAUGAUGGCAGUGAUCUAUUGCUCAGUAAUGAUUUUCUUAAGUGGUGUUUGGAGAUGUUCUCAGUUUCCUCGAGGGGGUACGAGAGUAAUUCAAGGACAUUUCCCCCAAAGCAUCUUAACAUAGUUGAUCCACUAAAAGAAAAUAACAAUCUUGGUCGCAGUGUCAGCAAAGGAAACUUUUACCGAAUAAGAAGUGCUUUUACAUAUGGUGCUCGGAAGCUUGGGCGCAUCCUCUUUCGGCCAGAAGAAAACAUUGACGAUGAAAUCCGUCAGUUUUUUUCUAACACAUUGGAUAGGCAUGGAACCAAGCAGAGGCCUGAUGUUCAAGAUGCUGUCCCGAUGCCUGGACAUGAUAUGUUUGGCACCACAUCAUUAUAUUCAGGUACAGAUUCACAAGAAGAUCAGACAAAUUCUGAAUUGGAGCAGACCUGUAUAAAUGGCAUGACAGUGGAAUUUAGGUUGGGUUAUGAGGUACCAAUUCAUAGUGGGGUCACUAAUAUCGAGACAUCUGGGACCAGUAUGAGCUUUGGCAGAGCCAUGAGUGAAAGAACCUCGACAAAUGGGAUUACUGUUUCAGAACACCGUCUUUCUGGGGAUGCCGAAGACCUUGCUACAUCCAGAAUACAAGAUCUUACAAUUUCAAAUGAUGUGACUAAACCUCCCCCCACAGGUUGUGAGAACGGUACGUCGCCUUUGGGUAAAGCACAUCAUGCACCCCAUCUGUAUUUCUCUCAUACAUCCGUGGGCAAUAAUGAAGAGGGAAAUAGAGAUGAGAAACGUCCAGGGAAUUUGGGUUUUACUGAUAAUAAAGAUUUGUCUGAGCUUCAGCAGGUGCCUCUUGAGGAGAAGGCCUUUAUUACUCAUGGCGACCAGGAUGAAAACCAAUUGGUGAGUGAUAAUCAGAGUCUGUCACCUGUUGGAUUAAAGCCCAACUCUUCACGUUUGAGCUCAAUUACUAGGUCCUCCGAAGAUCUUUAUCCUAAUUGUUUUGGUUACUGGACGCUUAAUGGCACUAAUGAAAAUCCUGAAGCUUUGAAGUCUUUGUCAGAUCUCAGUGGGGACUAUGACAAUCACCUAAAUAGUCUGCAUUUUGGUAGGUUGUGCAAUGAGUAUGCCGCAAGUUCGUCUGUUACUCCUGUGUCCCCACCAUUGGUUCCGCAGUUCCAUGGCAAGAAGCAAUGGGAUGUAGUACUACGGUCUGUGCAGAUAAAUACGAAUGUGUUUCCCCAGAUGAACACCAAUGGUGUUGUCUCAAGGUCAGGUUUGUACCCCAUGAACCCACCAAUAUUACCUGGUGGCACGAUAUUUGGUAUGGAUGAGAUGCCAAAGCCACGAGGAACAGGGACAUAUAUUCCCAACACGAACAAUUACCGGGACAGGCCCUUGACAGCAAGAGGAAGAAACCAAGCACCAGUAAGAUCUCCUCGGAACAAUGGACGUGCCGUGUCAACCCCUGAGUUAAAUUGGUCUGAGAGAAGCAACCAUGAGUUGGCACAAGCCCAAUAUCCUGUUCAUGGUAGCGGAAAGUCUGGGUCUAUAGAUCACAACUCUGGUUCCCCCCGCAGGAAGGUAUACUCUAAUGCAAAUGGUUCAUUGCAUCCGUCUGAGAGAGUUGCCGAAGUCAGGUCAAAUGGGCAGCUGCCAGUUGAGGGAUCUUUGCUAGAAACAAGCUGGCAACAGAACCCUGUCUCAGCCCUUGCUCACAACUCAAGUGGAAGUCUUCCAUCACCAGGAAUGCAAAGCCCAAAACCUGUAUUGGGUAUGACUCAAGAUAGGAUUGGUGCACAAUCAUACCGUUUGAAAGAUGAAGAUGAUUUUCCACCUUUAUCCGUCUGAUUUCAGUGAUAAGGGAUGAUGGGUUCUGUAUGGUUAGAGGUUGUAUGUACAUUCUCUUUUUCUUUUUCCCUUCAAUCUUGGUAGCUGUGUUUCACAGACAUAUUCGAAUAUAGGAUGUUUUAGAUAAUGGUUUUGCCCAGGGUUUUUGUUUUCUUGGCCAUCCCUUGUAGGUAAAGUAGUACAAACACCAAAAAAAAAAAUUGUUGCUGAUGUCUGAUGUAACUCUUAUAGAAGUUGUUUUAUGCAGCUUUAAUUGAUUAACUUUUUGGCUAUUAUACAAUUGAAGAUGGGCUACAGCCUAAUUUCA